AUGAUCACCGCAGCCAUCCGGAACUACACGCAAAAUUUACCUCAAGAUAACCGGCCCAAGAGAGAUCUCAGACGCUCCCAGAAUGAAGGGCGAGCUGAGGAUGAGUGCGAUAGCUAUUCGGAGAAUCGAGGAGGCAACAGUCAUGGCGUCAGAACGGAAGUUGACAGCUUAAGGCGCGAUAUAGAUGAGCUGAAGGCCCUGCGAAGUGGACCAACGCGAGAUCUCGCGGGAUCUAGCCCUUUCGUCAAGCAUCUCGAUAGCGAACCUAUACCAGCUAAUUACCGACCGAUCCUGUUCGAGUAUAACGGCACGACCGAUCCAGCCGAGCACCUGAGUCGGUUCAACAACACCGCGUCACUCCACCAGCUCACAGAGGGAGUGAAGUGCCGCGCCUUUGUCACCACUUUAGCAGGACCGGCUCAGGCAUGGUUCGGUUUGCUACCUCCCGGAACCAUACGAUCUUUUGAACAACUUGCCAAAGCUUUCAUGAAUCAAUUCGCUAGCUCGAAGAAGUGCAAGAAGACAUCUCUGUCGUUAUUCAGCAUUCGUCAGAAGGAGAAGGAAAGCCUCAGAAACUACAUUAAGCGAUUUACUUCGGCCACCUUAGAGGUCCCUACCACCAGCGAUGAGGUGCUCAUGGCAGCCCUCUCACAAGGACUAAGAGAUGAUGAGUUUUUCCGAGCUUUAGCGCUGGAACCUUCGCCUGAUUUUGAUAAUCUUCUAGAGAGGGCAUCUCGGUUCAUUAACUUAGAAGAAGCCCGCCAGCAGAAAGUGGAAGAAUCUCACCAAGCCGCGAACGUACGAGUUAACGAAGUAAAGAGAGGCAAGGAGCCCAUGUUACCUCGAAGAGAUGCCAAUACUCCCUGUCGGGGUACUGCCCAAGAUGCUAAGGGAUCUCGAUACCAGUCCUAUCAGCCCCUUACAGCCCCUUUGUCCCAUGUGUUGUGCGCAAUUGAGAAAAGAGCUGAUCUGCGAUGGCCUCGGACCGCUCGCGAAGCCCCCCGCCGAGAUCCGACACUGGGUACCUUUUGUCGUUUUCAUAACGAAUACGGGCAUACGACCGACGAUUGCGCACAUCUGAAAGACGAAGUGGAACGUCUUAUCAGAGAUAACAAGAUUGGAGAUUUUGUGAAGAUAGACCCACCUCGGGGACAGAAGCGUGAAGCUCAGUUUGGAAAUCCAGCACGAGUGCCGCCCCCACCGCCAAUGCCGAAAAGAGGAUACAUCCAGAUGAUCUCAGGGGGCCCUACGGGAGGAGAUACUCACCGGGCUAGGAGACGCCACCUCGGUAGUCUUAAGAACAGUCAUGAAGUUUGCCAAAUCUCUAUACCUAAGUGUCGACAAUACCCCACUAUAUCAUUUGGCCCUGAAGAUGAAGUGGAUCUGGAUGAUUUCCAUUGCGACCCUCUCCUCAUCACGAUUAACGUUGGAGGGUAUGACGUCGCUCGCGCCUUCGUCGAUCCGGGAAGUUCAGUUGAUGUUAUAUCCUAUGAGUGCUUCCUGCAGAUGGAGCUUGACCUCCCAGUCUUUCCCGUCACCACUCCGAUAUUCGGGUUCACAGGGGGAUCCCUGACACCGAUUGGACAAGUUAAAAUCCCUGUCACUAUAGGAACGCCACCUCGAACCCGCACACAGGCUGUCAAUUUUGUCAUCGUGGAAGGAUCGCCGACCUCGUACAACAUCGUAAUAGGACGACCAAUGAUACAUACCUUUCGUGCGGUCCCUUCGACUAUUCAUCAAAAGCUCAAGUUCCCAGUCGAUGGGAUGGUAGGAGAGGUCAGAGGUGAUCAAGCCCAGUCGAGAUCAUGUUAUGUCGAAAUGGUUAAGAUAGCGGAGAAAGGGUGA